AUGUGGCGGUGUUGUGGCCGAUUGCACGUUGCGUUGCUGCGGGAGCGGUGGGCCUUGACUGUUUCACCGACAGGCGUUGCAGUGCGGCUGCAUGGCGCACCGACCGCCGAGCCGUGCGAGUGCCACGCCCAACGCCAUUGGGACUGCGGGACGAAACAGCCGCGACUGCCCUUUGGAGCCAGCGACAUCUGCUGGCCGCAGUUGGGCGGUGCGAGUGGGAUGCUUCACCGCACGGGUGUUGUGAUGACACCUCGCAGCGGCAUCCCCGGCGACGGUUCCGACGCUGCAGCUCGACAUGUGGCGGGGAGUAAACAGCGACCGCAGUGGACCAUGAGCAGCAGCGUAAGGGACACUCUGCUGGAGGGAAGCACUCUCAGGACCGACACGAAGCUGAACGAUUUCCUUCGGAGCAACUUGGGCGGCAAGGGCGUUGUGAAAAAAAAUGAGAACGUCGCUAUGGAGGCGUUUGUUCAGGAGCCGGAUGCUUACGUACAAGACCAGCGGCUUCCUAGAAUUAUUUUUAAUUUAACAGAGUACCAAGAGCUGGAGGCUACUUAUAAACUUCAUCACAAGGGUGUGUUCUCUCUCGAGCAAUGGAGGGACUAUGAAGGAAAGGAUACGGUCACUCCUCUUGCAAGGGGAAAACUAAACGCAGCCCUCACUCAGAUACUGACAGAAAGGCUAAAAGGAACGCAAGAAAUGAAAUUUACCAUUUCCACUAAGAUCGAAGAGGUACUGUUUAAAGGAAGAGUCCGCGUCAAUGAAAUGAAGCUGAACGACUUUCUUACGAUGGAACUGGACGGCAGGGGCGUUGUGGCCACCAAUCGGGAUGUUUUGCUGAAGGAGUUUUUCAAGAACCCCAAUAAGUAUAUCCGUGAUAAGAGAGCAUUGAAAGAAAUACAGAUAUCCGAUGCUUAUGCGAGGAUGGAGAGGGCUGUAAGGGAUGAAGUGGAUUUGGAAGAAGUUGCGCGCAAGCUUCGCGAUAAGGGUGUGUACAAUCUACUUGGGUGGUCAGAAGCUGCUGCGGAGGUCAAAGCAACUGUUCAUAAACUCACUAAACACUCCUUGGAUUCAGCCCUUCAGGAAGCGAGUAAACCAACAACAACGAUUGAAGCGUUGAAACUGGAGGGAUUGUACGAGUCUGUGUACAGUGCGAGGUGGUACCAUGUCGUGGAGGUUUCUGGCGGCGAGGGGACGGGAAUGAAGGUGAAGGAGGGGAAACCGAUACACUCAUGGAAUUACAAGAAAGUUGGCGAAACUUUCGAAAAGGAUGACGGUGUGCGGAAAUCCGGUGAGGAACCUCCCGUGUUGAUGGUUCUCACCUCGGACAAGGGAUGGCCGUACACGCUGAAUGCGCCGCAUGGGGCUGGUAAUGACUUCUUUAUUAACUGCGAGGUGGAGCGAGUGUGGCAGAUCGUCCUUGACGAUCUAACCGAGUGGUUCAGCCCUCACGGUGAGACCGACUUUAAGCCCGAGAAGCGUGUGUUGAUUGGGACGCCCGGGAUCGGGAAGUCGAUGGCUGCCGGUUCGUACCUCCUUUACCAGCUGCUGCACUACGAUGUGGAGGAGCUCCAAGUUGUUGUCCACUGUUUUGGAGAAACGGCGUACGUGUUUGACAAAACCACCGAAACCGUGACAAGAUACGAGGGUAACAAAAAAUCGAAGAGUGUUUUGUAUGGUUUGUGGCAGCGUGGGAUGAAAGGGUACAUUAUUUACGAUGUGGCAAAGAAAGGAACACCGCCCGAAACAGGUUUUUUACCCCCAACCGGAUGGGGCAUGAUUGUGGUGUCAUCGCCAAACCUGGACAACUAUGAUGAGUGGGAGAAGCAAUUAAAAGCCAGUCGAAUCAUCAUGAAUUGCCCCGACGAGAUGGAUGUGAAGGCGAUGUGUAAAUGGAUGAAACGCGGUCUGGAACCAGAUGAGCAAGCGGGAUACUGGAGGAUGGUCGAAGAACGCAUGGAGAAUGUGGGGCCGAUUCCACGUCACAUCUUUGAUAAGAAAGUUUAUAUUGUUCGCUUGGGUGCCGUUAAUGGUGCCUUGCUAGCAAUCAAGGAUACUGAUGUUGGAAAGUACUUUUCCAUGGGAGGAGAGGAAGAAUGGUAUUCCGAGGAUCCGUCUCACAAACUUGUGAAGAUUGUCCGGGAAAUAACAGUUGAAGGUGCUGAGAUAUUUCUGAACGCAUCGAUAUGUGCUCGUAUCGGGUUUCGAACUGCGGACCGUUUGGCAAAGGAAAUGGCUACGAAGGAUUUUUUGUUGCUAAUAUUCAGAUCGCGUGGUGCUCUUGUUUCCCACGCUCUGGAACAAUUUGGUUUGCGCAUAUUCAUGCAUGGGGAGUUUGUCAUUGAAUUAGCAAAGGAACUCAAGGAGCUGAGGUCAUCAAAAAGUAAAGAAGCACAGGAUUCAGUGCUGAAGUUAAACCAUCAAGGGUACCCCACUCGCACCGUUGGAUUAGAGGAACUGCAAGGCGGUGUCACGAGGAUUCCGAUGGAGUACAGGGUGCUGUACAUACCGGCGGUCCAAAACUUUCCGCUGGUGGACGGCCUUUUCUUUGUUGAUUCGCCGCGGAAGACGCUGGUUGGGCUGCGGAUGACGACGGCGGGUGAGCACCACACCAUUCCCAGCACCGUGAGUCUGUUCAAUGAACGCUUGGCGGCAUAUUUUAAUGUUUGGGACGAGUUAUCCCGAGACAUGUCGUGGGAGAUGAUUUAUGUGCAGCACGAAAACAGCACAUUGAUAACGAACUGGCAGAGAUGUGGUCCCGUCAAUACCGUUAAUUUGAGCGACGAUGAAAAAGAGAUUGUGGCGUUCUGGGACCGAAAGGUACACGAAUACCAGUUUGCGUUGACAACUGAUUUUGUAAAUAGAAUUCGAGCAAAGUGA